AUGCAGCGACAGAGAUCGAUUUUGUCUUUCUUCCAGAAGCCGUCGCCGGCGAAGCAGGGUUUAGUCCCCGGCGGCGAUGCUACCAGCGGCGGAGGAGGAUCUCGAUUUACUGUGAAGGAAGGGGAUGCUAAAGGAGACGCUUCGGUACGCUCUGUAUCGAAAUCUGUGGAUGAGGUUAUAGGAAUAGAUACUCCGCCGGAGAAGGUUCCGCGUCGUGUAUUGCCUUCCGGCUUCAAAACGGCUGAAUCCGCCGGAGGAGCUUCGUCUCUGUUCUCCAGUAUCAUGCAUAAGUUUGUUAAAGUCGAUGAUAAUCGAGACUGUUCUGGAGAGAGGAGUCGAGAGCAUGUUGUUCCGCUUCAUGAUUCGUCCGUAUCUAUGAAGGCGGAGAAUGUAUUCCCUGAAUGUCGGUCCAAUAAUGGUCAAUCUCAAGAACGAGAUAAUGCUUUUAGCUUCAAUGUGCCAGCUGAUUUAAGAUCAGUAGAAGAUGUAGGAGUAGAUGACGAUGUUCUUGGCCCAGAAACACCAGGGAUGCGUCCAAGCGUUUCUCGUUUGAAGCGAGUCCUGGAGGAUGGAAUGGCUUUUAAAGAGAAUAAGGUCCCUGUGUUGGAUUCUAACAAAAGGCUGAAAAUGCUCCAGGAUCCGGUUUGUGGAGAGAAGAAAGAAGUAAACGAAGGCACCAAAUUUGAGUGGCUUGAUCCUUCUCGAAUCAGAGACGCCAAUAGAAGAAGGCCUGACGAUCCACUUUAUGAUAGAAAGACUCUAUACAUACCACCUGAUGUUUUCAGGAAGAUGUCUGCGUCGCAGAAGCAGUAUUGGAGUGUCAAGAGUGAAUAUAUGGAUGUUGUGCUUUUCUUCAAAGUGGGAAAAUUUUAUGAGCUGUAUGAGCUAGAUGCAGAACUUGGUCACAAGGAGCUUGAUUGGAAGAUGACCAUGAGUGGUGUAGGAAAAUGCAGACAGGUCGGUAUCUCUGAAAGUGGGAUAGAUGAGGCAGUGCAAAAGCUGCUAGCUCGUGGAUACGAAGUUGGACGAAUCGAGCAGCUGGAAACAUCUGACCAAGCAAAAGCCAGAGGUGGAAAUACUAUAAUUCCAAGGAAGCUAGUUCAAGUAUUAACACCAUCAACAGCAAGUGAGGGUAACAUCGGGCCUGAUGCCGUGCAUCUUCUUGCUAUAAAAGAGGUCAAAAUGGACCUAGAAAAGGGUUCAACUGUGUAUGGAUUUGCUUUCGUUGACUGUGCUGCCUUGAGGUUUUGGGUCGGGUCCAUCAGCGAUGAUGCUUCAUGUGCUGCUCUUGGAGCUUUAUUGAUGCAGGUUUCUCCCAAGGAAGUGAUAUACGAAAGUAAAAGGCUAUCAAGAGAAGCCCAAAAGGCUCUAAGGAAAUAUACAUUGACAGGGUCCACAGCGGUACAGCUGUCUCCAGUACCACAAGUAAUGGAGGAUACGAAUGCUUCUGGAGUUAGAAACGUGAUAGAAUCUAACAGAUACUUUAGAGGUUCUUCUGAAUCAUGGAACUCUGCUGUUGAUGGUCUAAGUGAUUGUGAUAUUGCACUUAGUGCCCUUGGAGAACUUAUCAAUCAUCUGACUAGGCUAAAGCUAGAAGAUGUACUUAAGAAUGGAGAUAUUUAUCCAUACCAAGUUUACAGAGGUUGUCUCAGAAUUGAUGGCCAGACGAUGGUAAAUCUUGAGAUAUUCAAUAAUAGCUAUGAUGGUGGUCCGUCAGGGACCUUGUACAAGUAUCUUGAUAACUGUGUUACUCCAACUGGUAAACGUCUCUUGAGGAAUUGGAUCUGCCAUCCACUCAAAGAUGUGGGAAGCAUUAAUAAAAGACUCGAUGUAGUAGAAGAACUCAUGGCAAACUCAGAAAUUAUGCAAAUCACUGGCCAGUAUCUCCAAAUACUUCCAGACUUGGAAAGACUGCUCGGACGCCUGAAGUCUAGUGUUCAGUCAUCAGCCUCUGUUUUGCCUGCUCUCCUUGGGAAGAAAGUGCUGAAACAACGAGUUAAAGCGUUUGGGCAAAUUGUGAAAGGGUUCAGAAGUGGAAUUGAUAUGUUGUUGGCUCUACAGAAGGAAGUAAACAUGACGAGAUUGCUUUGUAAACUCUGUACACUUCCUGUAUUAGUUGGAAACAGCGGGCUAGAGUUAUUCCUUUCUCAAUUCGAAGCAGCCAUCGACAGCGACUUUCCAAAUUAUCAGAACCAAGAUGUGGCAGAGGAGAAUGCAGAAACUCUCGCAAUACUUAUCGAACUAUUUAUCGAAAGAGCCACUCAAUGGUCUGAGGUCAUCCACACCAUAAGCUGCCUCGACGUCCUGAGAUCUUUCGCAAUCGCUGCUAGUCUCUCUGCUGGAAGCAUGGCCAGGCCUCUUAUUUUCCCCGAGUCGAAAAACACAGACCAGAACCAGGAAACAAAAGGACCGAUACUUAAAAUCCAAGGACUAUGGCAUCCAUUUGCAGUUGCAGCCGAUGGUCAAUUGCCUGUUCCAAAUGAUUUACUCCUUGGUGAGGCUCAAAGCAGCAGCAUUCAUCCUCGGUCCUUGUUGCUGACUGGACCAAACAUGGGUGGAAAAUCAACUCUUCUUCGCGCAACAUGUCUCGCCGUUAUCUUUGCCCAACUUGGUUGUUAUGUGCCUAGUGAGUCAUGUGAACUCUCCCUCGUAGAUACCAUCUUCACAAGGCUUGGCGCAUCCGAUAGAAUCAUGACAGGAGAGAGUACUUUCUUGGUAGAAUGCACUGAGACAGCAUCAGUUCUUCAGAACGCAACUCGAGAUUCACUAGUAAUCCUUGACGAACUUGGCAGAGGAACAAGUACUUUCGACGGAUACGCCAUUGCAUACUCCGUUUUUCGUCACUUGGUAGAGGGAGUGCAAUGCCGGAUGCUCUUUGCAACGCAUUACCACCCUCUCACCAAAGAAUUCUCUUCUCACCCACGUGUCGUCUCGAAACACAUGGCUUGCGCAUUCAGAUCAAGAUCCGACCAAGAACCACGCGGAUGUGAGCAAGACCUGGUAUUCUUGUACCGUUUAACCGAUGGAGCUUGUCCUGAGAGCUACGGACUUCAAGUUGCUCUCAUGGCUGGAAUACCAAACCAAGUGGUCGAGACGGCAUCUGUCGCUGCUCAAGCCAUGAAGAGAUCGAUCGGAGAAAACUUCAAGUCGAGUGAGCUGAGAUCGGAGUUCUCAAGUUUGCAUGAAGAAUGGCUCAAGACAUUGGUGAGCAUAUCUCGAGUCGACGAUAACAACGCCACUCGAGAAGAACAAGAAGAUGUCUCUGACACGUUGAUCUGCUUAUGGCACGAGCUCAAAGCCUCUUACUGUGUUGCCAAAUAA